CAGAGUCAGUUAUCUCUACAUGGAUCCUCACCAAUUGAAGACAAUGCUUGCGAUGGAUCUGGUGAUGAUGAGAUCGAGCACGAGAGGAUGUCUGUAUCUUCUCAGUCAGAGAUGGCAUGUCUCCGCCCAUGGACUCCGUCAGUAUCUCGCAUCCCUCUACCAGAAAAAGCUAUUGAAUUACAAAAAAAAAUGUGAUAUGAACUACAAAUUGAAGAGAGAUGAUAUUAAAAGAAAGGAGCGUGCCAUAAAACAGAGACUAGAUAAAGCUAUGUCAGAUCUAAUGAGGGAAAAAUGCCAAAAAGAUUAUGAGAAACCCGGUAGGCAUGGGAGUGAGGAAAAGACGAAAGUACCUCCGAAAGGGUACCGGGGCAUUUUGGAGUGGAAGGACAACAUUCCUGUUGGGGAUUGGGCUGUCAGAUUUAAUAACUUGAUUGGCUGUUUAAUAAGAGAUCCACGCUCCAUUAAUAUUGCUCAUAAUUUUGAGGAGCAAGAAUUUAAAUGCAUAAAAAAGAUUUGGGAGAAGCUCAUGGAUCAUUAUUGUCUUGAAGACAACCCAGAGUCUUGGGAUUAUGUUAUCCCGAAAAUGGCCAAGCUUAUUCGGGGUUGGAAGAGUGAUCUAAAGAAAAGAUAUUUCACAAAUUUAUCUACUGAUUGGAAGAGGAUCUAUGAGCUUGAUAAGAGAGUUCCUCCAUUUAAUUGGAUGACUCUCAUUAUCGAGGGAGUCUCCAACACAAAAGGAAUCCAAUGUGGGGAACUUAUAUGA